AAAGUUCCCGAUGGUUUCAACAAGCAAACUAUCAAUAGUUGUGUACAACUAUUUUGAGUUUUAGAGCACAAAAGUUGAGGCAUUUAUAUCUUGAGUUCUUCCAAAAUAAAAUUAAGUGGCACUUCGAGGCAUGAAGAAACCUCUCAUCGGCAGAUUUUCAUCGAACACACAGAUACGCAUUUUGUCUUAUUACGCGCCACUCAUGUAUCAAAUAUAAGCGCUGAACUCGAUGAGCAGAUUUGCAUUAUCAUUUGCAAUCGACUCCAACGUCGAGUGUAAAAAUGAGUGUCUGGAAUAUUUCAUUGUGGUGUUUGGUCCUGUUUUUACAGCAAAUUUUUGGCUGGAGUGGCCUAAAGUCAAGGGGCGAAAUCAAAGAAGGAUGCACAGUAACUGAUUUUGCUGAUAUACCAUUCGCCAUUGAAGAAUGCAGUGUUAUAGUGAUGGGAAGCUUUGAGGUACCAGGAGGCCAAAUUAUGGAGCUGAAUCUAAGAGACGAUACGACGGUGAUUUUUGCGGGCAAUAUCACAUUUGGUCAUGCCGAAUGGGAAGGUCCUCUUGUUGCUAUUAAUGCCAGCAACGCUAUUAUUUUAAGUGAAGAUGAUGUUAUUUUGGAUGGACAAGGCCAACUUUACUGGGAUGGUCUUGGGGAAUGGGGUAGCCCUAAACCGUUUUUCUUCGUCAUGCAGUUGCAUAAUUCCAUUAUGACCAAGAUGCACAUUCUAAAUCCGCCGAUGCAUUGUGCGAUUUUAUCCGAUUCUUCCAAUGUGGAGCUUUCUGACUGGGUGAUUGAUAGCGAGGCUGGAGAUGGGACCCCUAAAGCGAAGAACACUGAUGGUUUUGAUGUUUGGAACGGCACCAACAUUGUCAUUAGAAACUCAUACGUUUUCAACCAGGAUGACUGCGUGGCUCUAAGAUGCGGUGUAAAUAUGUUACUGGAAGACAUGACUUGCUAUCACAGUUAUGGCUUAAGUCUCUCAGUAGGAUUCACCACUGACUCCUUGGAGCAGAACACUCUUGAGAAUGUGACGAUUAGAAACGCGUUUCUAAGCGGUGGUCGGCAGGCUAUUCAUAUAAAAACGCAUGUAGAUGGCGGCCCAGGAUUAAUACGGAAUGUCACAUACAGUAACAUUGAAUUCGAAGGAGUUGAACGCUAUGGUGUGAUAAUUCACGAAAACUAUCAGGAUCCUACAAAUUCAACCUCACCGCCCGAUCCAAAGAACAAUGUUCCAAUAGUCGAUUUAACUUUAGAGAACAUCAAGGGAACUACUUUAGAUUCAGCUGUGCCYAUCUACGUGUUAUGUGCGGAAGAAGGGUGUUUCGACUGGAAGUUCAACAAUAUCAUGAUCGAGUCAAUUAACGAAAAUAAUUGUACAGCUGCACCUGAGGAUAUUAUAUGCUAACGAGUUUUAUGUACGAUUUAUUAGCGAUUUGGAUGUAAGUUGAUAGAUUAAAUAUAUGUUUGUGAAUCGGAAA